AUGACACAGCCGCCUGCAAAGCGUUCUAGACCAUUGCGGUCACAGAGGAAGCGAUAUGUCUCCCCUAUGGACAUCGCAGAAACCAAACAUCAGGAGCUUGUGUCCUCUCACACAGAAGGAGGAGCCAAACGUUCCCUCAGCGACGUCGAAGCCGGCCAGAGCGCUAAUGCACUUCGAGAAGAACUUCAUCGACCUGACUCAGUGGCCAACAUUCCGAUGACGAGAUCACGGAAAGCGCUCGUCCCAAAUUUCAGCACGCCGACGCGCGAUCCACGUCCCAAGGUGUAUAUGUCUAUCCAGCACCCUCAGGCAGCAGCAAAGAUGAACCAGAAGGAGCUACAGAGUGCCGACGAUUCAUCUGGGACGCACAAGGAUGGAAUACUUCAGCAAACCGGCCAUCUCGGAUGUCUUUUAUGGCCAAAGGUUGGGUUUGGAGAUGAGGCACCAUAUCCUCGCUGGCUGGUUACUAAGAACCCAGAAAUAAACGGUUCGAGUGGCUUGUUCGAAACACAAAUACUGUCGGAGCAGCUUUCUUCAGUUGUCUCUUCUAGUUCGUCCAAGACAAACUUAGACGGUGGUCUCCACGGCCUUAUAUGGGUCUUUGACGCCGGCCCGUCUUCAGGAUGGAAUAACUUGAAAAAAGACCAGCUAUAUGAGUACGCAUACAAGUGUCUUGAGGACGCACUGGGCAACCCUAGUUCUCGUGAACACUUCCGCUUCGCAGUGACCAACCUGUUCCCGACGUUUAUCACAAACGUGUCGGAUUCAUUGCCGUUGAUGCCAACGGCGCCCAAGACAUGCUACCUGGGAACGCAGCCCGGGUUGCAUGAGAUUAUAGAGGCCCCGACAAAUCUCGACCAUGCAACCUAUUAUUUUGCGAAAUACUCCCGUCCAGUCAUGGCAGUCAGCCUAGCCCGCCCAGGUCUCCAUGCCAGAGAAUCGCAUCUGCAAACCAUGGCAAUCAAAAUGUUCCACAACAUGAAGGGAACCCUGGCGCCACUGAUAACAGAAAGUGAACCAGAUGAAAUGUCCAUUCUCAACGUCAAUAGUACGGCCAGCCAAUCCACCGAUCAGUCAGGGCCAUGCUCCCAGUUCGGAGAGCAGUACGACCCGGAAACAGUGCAAGAUGUCCCCUUAACGGGGCAGCUUUCUUCUCUGCCUCCUGAUGAUGGAGGCAUAAUUGCCCAGACUGAUGAAUACUUGUACCGCCAGCACUGUUCUACCGAGGACGAUGGUUCACUAUUGAACAGUCCCCUCACCGAUGUCGAGACUCCGGCGGAGUUGACGAUUCAGGACCACCACUUCGGGUUGUUCAGUCCAAACCAGGUAGCGGGGUAUUACCCAGACAGAGGACAGUACGCAAGAGGGAACUCGCUCUCCAAAUUGGUACGGAAUACAACCGAUCCUCAACCUAAUCCAGUGCCACCACAGGCCACAAAAGCCACAAAUCGCCAAAAUCACGGAGAAUCCCGAGCCCAGCAAGGGACCCAAGACGAUAAUGACGAUGAAGACCUCCAGCGAGCCUUGGAAACGUCCUUACAGAAAGACAUUCAAGAAAAGAAUGAUCCUCCACUGCCACCACCACCAAAUACCGACAAAAAUCCUCGACCAGGAUCAGAAGUUCUCCGCCGGAUCAGGACCUGGGCAGGUAGCACGAUCCCACCGGCUGUCGCUGACCAGUUGAAAGUUAGAGUGUCUCACUGGCCAACUUCUUAUCGAUCCUUUAAUCCAUUCCCUACACCACAACCACCGCAGGAUACUCGACCAAAAAGUCUGCUCAACCAGGAGAGCCCGCGCAAACAGGGCCCAGAAGGUCGAACAGGAUAG